CCCCGAAAUGAAAUGACUCGAGGCACCAGAGAGAGACCUAAAGACGAGUUCACCGGAAGAGAAAGAGCAAGACAGUCUACCCCCGUGUCCCUUACCCCCCCCCCUCUCCUCCCCCCGACUUCGCUCGCGGCUUCGCAGCAUGGUUGAAUCUCCGUUCGCUGAUUCUUCUUCAAUCCCAUCGCCCAGCCCUAUGGCGACGUCCACAGCCACCAACCCAGGCGUCCGCACUCAUUUUAAGACCCCCGAGGGCCGGUACAAUUUGUCGCGCGAGAAAACACAUUCUCCGGGCAUUCCUCACUACAGCCUUGCCGCCAAGGUUAUCACUCAGGUGGCGUUAGCUCAUCUGAAAGAGAAGCCCACUCAAUCAUCGACGGUAAGUGGUGGCAGUGCAAGUACUGUAGGAGGCGUGCGCUUCACAGCUGCUCGGUUUUUAGGAGCAGGCAAUGGGAGUAGAAGUCUGGGGUUCGGAGGUGGGAAUGGUUUUACGGGUAGGCUGAGUAGUAAUAAGUCUCCAACUGCAAGCAACGCAGGGGGCCCUGUCGGAUUGGGUAGCAGCCCUUUGACCUCCUCUUACGAUGGAGAGGGCACUUACUUAAUUUUCAAUGUGGGCGAUGCCAUCCUCAUCAGUGACUACUAUUCUCAAGAGAAGGAGCCAAUCAAGACGAUCCAGUUUGGCAAUGCUAAUCCCGUAUGUCAUCAUUUUGACGAAGAUGCGAAGGAUGGCAACGACCUUAUCAUUGGGUUGAAUACUGGGGAUGUUUACAUUGCAUCGCUUAGACAGCAGCUGCAGGACUCGGGAAAAAAGCUAGUCGGGGCCAUGCACUUCAAUAAAGACGGCUCUAUCAAUAGCAGUCGGUGCACGGCGGUUUCUCAUGUACCCAACGUCGAGGGCCUUUUUGUGGCAGCGCAUGCUGAUGGGAAUGUUUUUGUUUAUGACAAAACUAAAGAUAGUAGUGGAGAUGCUCCAUUUCCACCUGUGAAAGAUGCGGUCCAGUUCCAUGUCGCACAUGCAAGGUCUAGCAAGAGCAACCCAGUUGCCAGAUGGCAUAUUUGUCAGGGUUCUAUUAAUGGACUUUCUUUUUCGCGGGAUGGUACUUAUCUUGCGACAGUUGGUCGAGAUGGAUACUUAAGGGUAUUUGAUUAUGCUAAGGAGACCCUUGUAUGUGGGUGUAAAAGUUAUUUUGGUGCCUUGCUUUGCUGUUCUUGGAGUCCGGAUGGGAAGUACAUAUUGACAGGUGGAGAAGACGAUCUUGUACAAGUUUGGAGUAUGGAGGAUCAAGCCGUCGUUGCUUGGGGGGUGGGGCAUAAUUCUUGGGUUAGCGCAGUGGCCUUCGAUCCCUUCUGGGAAGCACCCAUUCCUGACACUGGAGCAGGAGAAGUUACCACCUACCGCUUUGGCUCUGUUGGACAGGACACACAAUUGCUUCUUUGGGAUCUGUCUAUGGAUGAGGUGGUUGUACCGCUGCGGAUGGCACCAGUAUCUAGUGGGUCUCCGUCGGUGUUAAAUCAUCAGGCGGCAGGUUGGGAUGGGGCAGCGCACUCGGUGGGUCCAUUACGUCAUGCUCCUGCUCGAAAGGAGGUGCCAAAAUUGGCCCCUGUGAUGGCUCACCGUGUGCAUGCAGAGCCGUUGUCAGGGCUUCUGUUCACGAAGGAAGCUAUCGUUACAGCCUGUCAUGAAGGUAACUUGAAGAUUUGGGACAGGCCAGGGCAUGGUGAUAACCUGCUCAAUCAUACACCAGAGGUUCCUGCAACUGCGGUAUCCAAGGACAGGCUGUUGACGUCAGGAAAAGGCGGUAUAUCUCACCUUAGGCAAUGACGAAAUUUAUUUUGGUCCUAUUUCAGUUUUGACAUUCACUCUUGGUCUUUAUUGUGCACUAUGUGUUCUUGCAAGGGAAUCUUCCAUCUUCAUACAGCAGUGCACUAGAAAUAUGGUUCAUUUAGCUGCAGAAGUCAGAGCCGCAGUAUUGACACCAUCGCUGAGGUUGAGAUUCACCUUUUGCCCUCCCCCUCUAUAAACGUCUCAUGUUUUAGAAAAUGCUUUGAGACCGGGAAAUACACAGAUUGGUAACUACGAGGUCGAGGGUUGAUUUCGACGAAGCAGACUGCUUCGAAGAAUUGGUUGAUGCAUAGAUGACUGAAUCGCAUCCUUUGAGGCUGUAGCAUUCCACAUCACGUAGGGUAGGUACCCUUGUGUCAUGAAGUUCCCGUGGGAGGAACCAGAGUGCGUUGUUGCUUUACUACUCAAAAGUGGACCUGUGCUUGAGAUGUGGGAGUGUGCAAUUAGUUUUUAAGAGAUUGUGGGGCGCCAUCCUUGGGACAUCUGCGAAUAAAUCCCUUUUCCAUUUCUUAGAAAUGUACAAUGUAUUGAACGGUUAGAAUCCACAUCGACGGUUGGUUUAGCUGUUCAGCUUCUCACUUGUGAAGGUGAGGCUGUUAACGCUGGGAUGUUCGCAUGUAAAGACUAGUCUAUUUAUAGAAAUUUCAGAGGAUGGUAUUACCUCGUUUGACUGAGCGGAAGAUAGUGCCUGGGUGGUUAAUGCUAGUCUUCCUAUACCCUCUUCACAGGAUUGCUGAACUGAAUGGACAAAAGUAGACAAAAUGUACUUAAUUGUUGAGUGCAAGUGCAGUAUGUAGUAAAGUGCUGCAGUUCACAUGGUAGAAGUAAAAUUGUCAUUUGGAAAUUAAAUUGCCAGACCAACCAUUCAUUUGUAA